AUGAAAUUGCUGUCAAACACGCUGGGCCUGGUGCCCUACCUGUGUGCCGGAUAUCUGUUCUGGUCUGUGCACGAGUACUACCAAGAGCUGACGCCCAAGAAGCUGGAUACCAGCGGGACGCAGCAGCCGCACCGCAUUGGGUGGCGCGACCCGAUGAAGUACGACUUUGUGCUGUACGCAACAGAUGUGCCGAGCUUCUACGCCGACCGGGCAAAUUUCUUCCGUGACGCGCAGAUGGUGUGGCAGGUCAAGGACCUGGACGUGCGCGACACGCGGGCACACUUCUCCAAGACAGUGCGGGUGGCAAUCCCCGAGCAGGUGCGCAACGACGGGUUCCGCACAAUGUACCUGCACCUAAUCAUGCAGGAGGCGGGCGCAAUGGAGCCGCACCCAGCGAUGAAUGACCGGUUCGCAAUUUACGGGUCGACUGAUCUGAUCAAGCCGCGGGCCUUGCACGGCAACCUAUCGCACUAUGUGGCACACGGCAACACGCGUGUGGUGUGGGAGUAUGUGCUGGACGACAACCACUUUGAGAUGUGGAAGGCGCCGCGCGACCUCAGCCGGCUGCUGGAGUUCACGUACUACACCCCCGACGAGCGCCGCGUGUACCGACCGAUUCUGUGGAGCAACCCGACGUAUAAGGGCGCCGACCUGCCCGAGCGCUGGACGCCGCUCAGCGACCACCUGGACGUCAGCGGUGAGGCACCACUGAAUGCCACGCACCUGGACGUCGAGGUCGAUCUGUCGGCAGUCAGCUUGGCGUGGAUCCGAUUCAACCAGCGGCUUGUGCAGGAGGAGGACCCUGAGCCGCUGCUCGAGCUGGCGCGCAACCUGGUGGUCUCGGUGCUGGACCACAGCCGGCCUGUAUACUACGCAAUGGCGGCUAUGGCGGCUGCGCGCAUUCUGGGCGAGGCAUUUUGGCGCCAGAGCCAGAUUCUUGUGUGGACCAGUGUGCCGCUCACCGGCGUCUCGUAUGUGUCCUCGGUGUUCUGCUUUGCGGCGGCUCUGCUUGGCAUGGCUAUGCCGUCCAGCGGCAUUGCGGCUGUGGACCAGGCAUUGCGUGUGGGCCGUGUGGGCGCCAUGGCGAUGGAGUCGCUCAAGGUGCUGAGGCUGCUGGUCAGCCGCCCGAGCAUCGGCCGGUACGAUACGUCGGCAUGGCUGCUCCUGCCUGGUGGCAUUGCGGCGGUCUCCGCGACGUACCUGCUGCGCACGCAUCCGGGCGAUUCGGGCAUGAUGCUUGUGGCACAUAUGCUGUUGCUGGGAAUCGGCCUGGUGGGCUCUCAGCUGACGCAGCCAGACCACCGACGCCCCAACUAUAUUGCGAUCGCGGGGUUCCUGGCAGGUGAUCUGGUCUUGACCAAGGCUGCGGUGGGCGGCGAUCCGCGCGUGUUCUGGCCGGCGCUGGCAGCGCUUGUGCCGCUGGCUGCCCCGCUGCUGGGGCUGCCCGUGCAACCAUCAGCCAGAACCAAGACCGAGUGA